AUGAAGCUCGUUCUGGCUGCUGCAAUCUUGACGUCGGCGGCGGUGGCCACUCCCGACUACGAUGCGAUGGCCGAAACGAUUGUCGCCAACAUGACGGUGGACCAGUGGAUCGGCCAAAUGACGCAGCUCGACCUCUCGUACAUCACCAACAGCAACGGCCUCGACGAAGCCAGAGUGCGCGAAUGCGCGCGGCUCGGUGUCGGAUCCUUUCUCAACGGCCAAAAGGACGUCACUGCGUGGCGCACCAUGAUCAACCGCAUCCAAGCCAUCUACAAGGAGGUUGGCGCGCCGCCAGUGCUCUACGCCCUCGACUCGAUCCACGGUGCGAGCUACACGUUUGGUGCCGCGCUUUCGCCGCAGCAGAUCAACAAGGGCGCGUCGUUCAACCGCGACCUUGGCAAGUCGAUUAUUAAAGGCUUCCAGGACCUCUACGGCGCCGACGCGAACAAGAUUCAAAUGCUUCAGGGUGUCGACAUCAAUGGCGGAACAACCGACUCGCUCGCGACGGCCAAGGCCAAGGCAAGCGCAUCGCAGUACACUAUCAUUGCGGUCGGCGAGGCACCAUCGACCGAGGUGCCUGGCAAUAUCGCUGAUGCGGCGCUACCAUCCGGUCAGCUCCAGUACAUUCGCGAUAUUGCCUCCACCGGCACCAAAGUCAUCCUUGUCCUCGUGGAGGCGCGUCCGCGUAUCCUCAACGGUGUCGCCGACGUCGUCCACGCCGUCAUUGACGCGAUGCUGCCCUGCGAGGCCGGUGGCCAGGCCAUCGCCGAGAUCAUCCUCGGCCUCACCAACCCCAGCGGCCGGCUCAGCAUGACGUACCCCAAGGACACGACGUACGCCAACAUGGUCACUCCGUACUUCAACCGCAAGAACGGUGUGUGCAUCACCGACUCGUGUGUCGCCGAGUGGGACUUUGGCGCGGGUCUAAGCUACACGACGUUCAGCUACACCAACUUUGCGCUGAGCAGCACCCAGGUCAGCGGCAGCGGCACCAUCACGGCCGCAGUCACGGUUACGAACACGGGCGCGGUGCAGGGCAAGGAGGUGGUCCUCCUCUUUCUCUCGCAGCAGACGCGCGCGAGCGGCACGCCGGAAACCAAGAUGCUCAAGAAGUUUACCAAGGUCGACCUUGCGCCGGGCCAGUCGACGUCCGUGACGUUCUCGCUUAGCGUCGCUGAUUGGGGCAUCUACGCCGGGCCGAUCGGGUCGGGGCUGACCAAGACGGCCGAGGCGGGCACGUACUACGUCGCGUUCAAGCCCGAGACGAUUUGCAACGCGGCGACCGUCGGUCCGCUCUGCCAAGCGUUCACGUACGGCACUCCGCCGACUCCUACGCUAACUCCUACGCCGACUCCUACGCCGACACCCACGCCGACACCCACGCCGACACCGACACCCACGCCGACACCGACACCCACGCCGACACCGACACCCACGCCGACACCGACACCCACGCCAACACCGACACCUACGCCAACACAAACACCUACGCCGACUCCUACGCCGAAACCGACUCCUACGCCCUCGACAGACACGACGAUGUCUUUUUACACGACCCGGGGCCGCAUCUACCUGGCGUGUCGCCAAGCUUGA